UAAGAGACAAUUCUGACAGAAAACGAUGACGUAUAUUUCCAAAAAAUCAAUAUUAAAAAGUAAUUUUAAUGCUUAAAAAUCAAUUUCAUUAUUCAAUCACAAAUGUUAAAAUUAACAAUCAAUGAGUAAAUGCAUAAAAUUCAAAAAAUGCCUUCAUAUUUGUAUAAAUCGUAAUUUACAUUUCAAGAGGCAGUUUUAGUUUUGUUAAAACCUUGGUCAAUGCCAGCAGAGGAUCAAUUGACAAACACCAAGAAACACGAAAAAAUAAUCAUUUGGUGGUGGUGUAGGUGGAGUCGUUGCAGUCGAUAUUAUUCUUUAGAUUUGUCAGCUACAAUUUAUAACUUACAUCUAUUGAAGAGUCAAGUUUCUGCUCCACUUCUUGCGUUUGUUAUCAUGCGCUCGUUAUGAGACUGAAACAGAAACUGAAGUUACAGCGAGCAUUUAGAAGUCUGUGAAAGGAAGCGUUGAGUCUGGAGGCAGAUUCAUCUGUAGCAGUGUAUGUGUGCUUUAUCAUUCACUGAUACUAAAAACAGCCAGUUGUGAUGCAGCGGACACAACCCAAGAAAGACGCCAAGAUGCGGAUCAGAGCAUUUCCGAUGACCAUGGAUGAAAGGUAUGUGGAGGGUAUCUGGAAUAUCCUCAAGAAUGCCAUCCAAGAAAUCCAGAAAAAGAACAACAGUGGAUUGAGCUUUGAAGAGCUGUACAGAAAUGCAUACACCAUGGUUCUUCACAAACAUGGUGAGCGUUUGUACACUGGACUGAGAGAUGUUGUAACUCAGCAUCUGGAGACCAAAGUUAGAGGGGAUGUGCUAAAAUCGUUGAACAACAACUUCCUGGCAACCCUCAAUCAAGCGUGGCAUGACCACAAGACAUCAAUGAUCAUGAUCAGAGAUAUCCUCAUGUACAUGGACAGAGUUUAUGUACAGCAGAACAAUGUGGACAAUGUGUUCAACCUGGGACUCAUUCUGUUCAGGGACCAGAUUGUCAGAUAUGGUGGCAUCAGAGAUCACCUGAGGGAAACACUUCUCAAGAUGGUCAUGAGAGAGAGGCGUGGAGAGGUGAUUGACAAGUUGGCAGUGAAGAAUGCAUGCAGCAUGCUGAUGGUUCUUGGUGUGGACAGCAGGGCUGUGUAUGAGGAAGACUUUGAGAGGCCAUUCCUUCAGCAGUCUGCUGAGUUCUACAGAAUGGAGAGUCAAAACUUCCUGGCUGAAAACUCUGCAUCAGCAUACAUCAGGAAAGUGGAAGCACGCAUAAAUGAAGAGGCAGAGCGAGCAUCUCACUACCUUGAUGAGUCAACAGAGGCUCGUAUUGUGGAGGUGGUGGAAGAGGAACUGAUCAAGAAGCACAUGAAGACGAUCGUCGAGAUAGAAAACUCUGGUGUGGUCCACAUGCUGAAACAACAGAAAACAGAUGACCUGGCAUGCAUGUACAAGCUCUUGUCUAGGGUACAAGAUGGACUGAAGACUCUGGCUGACUGUGUUUCUACCUACCUGAGGGAACAGGGUAGGGCACUGGUAGCAGAAGAUCCUGCAUAUGGUGGGAAGAAUGCCAUCACAUAUGUGCAGAGCCUGCUAGACCUAAGGGAUGUGUUUGAUCACUUCCUGAAAAACUCUUUCAACAAGGACAAGAUGGUCAAACAGCGCAUUGCCUCAGAUUUUGAGUACUUCUUGAACCUGAACAACAAGUCCCCUGAGUACCUGUCUCUGUUCAUUGAUGACAGGCUGAAGAAGGGGGCUAAGGGCGUCACAGAACAGGAGAUUGAGGCCAUUUUGGACAAGACCAUGGUCAUCUUCCGGUUCCUCCAGGAAAAAGACGUCUUCGAGCGCUACUACAAGCAGCACCUGGCCAAGAGGCUGCUUCUCAACAAGUCAGCAAGUGAUGACAACGAGAAGAACAUGAUCUCCAAGCUAAGGACAGAAUGUGGAUGUCAGUUCACAUCCAAGCUGGAAGGCAUGUUCAAGGACAUCACAGUCUCGAACACCAUCAUGGAGGAGUUUAAGCAGCACAUCCAGUCGGGUGGUGCCAACCCGUUCGGCGUCGACCUGACAGUCCGGGUGCUGACCACCGGCUUCUGGCCCACCCACUCUGGAAACAUCAAGGUGGAGAUCCCGCGAGCGCCGGCGGCCGCCUUCGAGACCUUCCGCAAGUUCUACUUGGCCAAGCACACGGGGCGGCAGCUGACGCUGCAGGCGCAGCUGGGCUCCGCGGACCUGAACGCCGUCUUCUACGGUCCGUUCAAGUCGGACGACUCGUCCACCGACCUGGCUGUGGCUGGCGGCUCCAACUCGGCACUGCUGGCGGCCGGCACGCGCAGUCCCCGCCGGCACAUCAUCCAGGUCUCCACCUUCCAGAUGAGCAUCCUCAUGCUCUUCAACAACCGUGAGCGUCUGACCUACGAGGAGAUCCGUAACGAGACCAACAUACCGGAAAAAGAUCUGACGCGCGCCCUCCAGUCGCUGGCUGUCGGAAAGCCCACACAGCGCAUCCUUGUCAAGCAGCCCAAGACGAAGGAAAUAGAGCCCAGCCAUGCUUUCAGCGUGAACGACGCCUUCACAUCAAAGCUGCAUCGCGUCAAGAUCCAGCUGGGCGUGGCGAAGGGCGAGUCGGAGCCCGAGCGGCGCGAGACACGCAGCAAAGUGGACGAGGACCGCAAAUACGAGAUCGAGGCGGCCGUGGUGCGUAUCAUGAAGGCCCGCCGCACUCUGCAGCACAACGUGCUCGUGGCCGAGGUCACUGAGCAGCUCAAGUCCCGCUUCUUGCCGUCGCCGGUGGUCAUCAAGAAGCGCAUCGAGGGGCUCAUCGAAAAGGAGUAUCUGGCUCGCACGCAGGAGGACCGCAAAGUGUACACGUACGUGGCCUAAGUGGUGCGCGCUCGCAGCAGGGCGAGGGACCUGGUGGUGUCGUGGCGCGGUGCCGGACGAACCCGAGACGCUGCCGAAGGCCGGGGCACGAGGUGUCUACCGCGAACGGUGUGGGCGUCAACGAUGGGGAAAUUUCCGCCGAGGACGGCAUGUGUAUUCUUGUUUCACCAAAUUUGUUUGAAGGUCGGCUACGCAGACGCGAGUGUUUUGUUCGGUCGAUUUUACGCGGCGCCCGCUUCCCAGAUCUGUUUCUGGCGUCACUAUGUGCCGACUUGUAAAUAGAUCGUGUUUAACAUAUUAUCCGUGAGCGAGGAUCGGAGUGUGAAGAGUUGAAUAGAUGAAAUUUAUCAGUU